AUGUACCACAGACUCGCUUUAUUGCUUGUCUUUCUUUCGAUUCCCUUCAGUUUAGCUGUGGAAGAGGAAGAGGGAGUUCUUGUGCUCACGAAGGUACUUGGAAACUCGUAGAAAAUAGGAAAACUAUUUGAAAGUUCAGGAUAACUUUCAUGACGUCAUCAAAGAAAACGCAAACAUUUUGGUAGAGUUCUACGCUCCAUGGUGCGGACAUUGCAAGGUUUGAAAAUUUUUAUUUUUGGCAAAAAAAAAACUUUGCAGGCUCUUGCUCCUGAAUACGCUAAAGCUGCCAAGGAAUUAGCUGACCAAAAGUUUGACGUUCGCCUCGGCAAGCUGGACGCUACUGAACAUGGAGACAUCGCAUCCGAGUUUUCGGUUAGCUUUGUUUGAUAUGUUUGUCAUUAGAAAACGGCGUUUCUUUAAUAAUUUUCCUUCCUAUUGAUAAUGCUUUUUUAUAGAGUUUUAGAGCUGAAUUUUCCGUUUUUUUCCAAAUCCUUGUAACCUUUUCUUGUUUUAGGUUUUGAACUAUAUAUUUGAAACGUCAGCGAUAAUCAUUUUUGUCGAUUUGUAGGUCAAUGGCUAUCCCACUCUUAUCUUCUUCCGCGAUGGAAAGCAAGUGCCGUACAACGGAGGCCGCGACUCCUCCGCUAUCGUCUCGUGGCUGAAGAAAAAGACCGGACCGCCUGCCGUCGAGGUUAACUCCGCCGAGGAGCUCGAGAAGAUCCAAAAGGAUGUUGACGUUGUCGUAUCUGCCUAUUUCGAGGUAAUUUUCAUUUUAUUCUCCUGUUUCAGCGAGAAAUUACAGGGCAAGGACUCAAUCGCCGAGAAGAUUUUCACCACUGUUGCUGUUGACUACGACAGCAUCGAGUUCACCGUUUCGCAUGCCGAUGAAAUCAAAAAGGCCCUGGACCUCGAAGGAAGCGGACUUGUAAUCCACCGCAAGGGGGAGGGAGUUGUCGCCAAGUUCGACGGCGAGAGCACGGUCGAAAAUGUCAAGAACUGGAUCCGGUCUUUCCGCAUGCCGCUCGUCUCAGAGUUCACUCAGGAGACGGCGUCGAAGAUUUUCGGCAGCGACAUCAAGACUCACCACCUUCUGUUUCUGUCGCGCAAGUCUCCUCUUUACGAGAAACUCUACUCGGCCUUCAAAACCGCCGCCGACGAAUUCAAGGGACUCAUGCAGUUCGUUUUCCUCGACACGGACAACGCUGAAAACAGCCGCAUUCUCGAGUUUUUCGGAAUCAAGAGUGAGUUUGAACAAUCUUUUGAAUGGUAAAAGCGGCCUUUUAUAGAUACUGAAGUCCCAACGACCAGAAUCAUCCAGCUUGGUCAGGAAAUUAUGAAGUACAAGCCAAACUUCUCUGACAUCAACGCCGACACUUUGAAGGAGUUUGCCAAGUCCUUCUUCGAUGGAAAGCUCUCUUUGGACUUGAAGUCAGAAGAAAUUCCCGAAGACUGGGACAAGAACCCCGUCAAGGUUGUCGUCGCCAAGAAUUUUGAAGAUGUAAGUUGUCAAAUGAGAUUUCAGUUGAACGCUUUUUUCAGGUUGUGCUUGACAAAUCGAAGAACGUCUUCAUUGAGUUCUACGCUCCGUGGUGCGGGCACUGCAAGCAGCUGGCUCCUAUCUGGGACAAGCUUGGAGAGGAGUUUGCCUCUAACGGAGACGUCGUCAUCGCCAAGAUGGAUGCCACCGCAAACGAAGUAAACCAUUUCUGAAGUUUCAGCGAAGAAGAAAGAACGUUCUUAGGUUGCUGACCUUUCGAUCCAGUCAUUCCCCACCAUCAAGCUGUACCUUGCUGAGUCGAACAAGGUUGUCGACUACUCUGGCGAGAGAACUCUCGAAGGAUUCACCAACUUCCUCAAUAAGCAGACAUCCGAUUCGGACGACAAGGCAGAGGAUUCCGAAGACAAAUCCGAGCAUUCUGAGCUUUAA